GGCGGCGGCGGCGGCGGCGGCAGCGCUCGGCGCGGGGCAGAUGAGGAGCGCGGCGAAGGGGGCCGGACGGACAGGCCAUGCUGCCCCCUCCCCCGACCCCGCUCGGGCGGGCGGGCGGGGACGGCCGAGGGGAGGGCCCGCCGGGGGCCGACCUGCCGGCUCCUCCCCCCGCCGCCCUGCGAGCAUAAAGCCCAGCGCUCGCCAGCCCGCCCGCCCGGGCACUCGCGGAGGCGGCGGCGCCCGGACCCCGCUCCCGCCGGGCUCCCGGGUCCCCGAGGGCGAGAGAGACCCCCUCGAAACCCGAGGCGGGCCGGGACCUGGGCGCGGCCGCACCCCCCACCCACCCCGGCACGGGGGCCGGGCCGCGGGAACGCCCUCCCGGAAUGAAGCGCUUCCCGGUGCCUUCAAGAGUUCUAAACCCCACCCCAUCUGGAAGAACCUAAGAUGCCUGCCCAGUGUGUUUGAAGAUACUUCUCUCGGUCCGUCUCAAUUUAAAGGGCUCCCCAUGGAGGCAAACGCCUUCCCGUCUUCCUUCUCCCCACAUCCCCAUCUUCUGGGUCUCUGAGACCCUCUAGUGCCUUUGCCCUAGGCUCUUGGGAGCCAUCUCGCCCACCCCUUAAACGCCCUCCCUUAGCCCGGCUAGUCCACCCUGAAUCGCGGGCAGAUUCAGGCCACUCUCCCUACCCCAUCUCUCCAAAUCCACAGGCUCUCGUCAAUUCCCUGGCAGGAACCAGUCAAGAAAGGGUCAAAGCAGGAGGCUAAGCACCCACUCCUCCCCAAAUCCCCAACCCUGCUGGGGUGGUGGGUGGCGGUCUCAGCGCCACACAAGCCCCCUCUCCCCCCACCAAACUCACCUCCACUCCUUUUCUCACCCCCCCUUCAGUCCACUGUCCCUAACCCGGUGACAAUCCUCGCUGACAAGCCCCUUGCUCACCUUGACCUCCACCCUCAAGUCAACCACCUUUUAUUAAUGUGUGCAGGAGCUCUGGGCAACGUAAACCUGACCUCUGGAAGGAUGCCCAUCCCCCUCCUCUCAGUAUGCUUUCCCCGCCCCCGACCCCAGUCACCUCUGGUAGAAGAACGUGAGAGACUCAAGUUAAUGGUUUCCUUGGGGACUUUCUGGGAACACUCAGCAGGUAUAUCCUGCCACCCUGUGUGCAUAACACUAGAAACAAACUUGCUUUUUCCUGUUUUUAUCGUC